AUGCGCAUCUCUAAUACACUUCUUAUGAUGCUCGGCAUAGUGAUAACAGGUGCAUCUGCGGAUUGUCUGUCUACGAAUGGAAAGGAAUACCCAUUUGGGACGUACACGUGUGAUGGCGAGCACAAGAUUGUACAGUGCACCGUUACAGGCAACUGGACCCUGAUUGCAACCUGUGGCGGCACUUGCACAUUCGUUGGCUCCUCUCCCUACUGCCCUUAA